GCAAUGUGGAACAUCACAAAUAGAUGAAGACGGUCUGUUUGAGCUUGUCAGAACAAAACCAGGCAAUAAGACCAGCUAUGAACCACCAAGUGUGAAGAAGAAGACAAAGAAGAAGGAGGAAGCUAAACCAGUGGAGUCUCUCAGCCAGAGAAAAGAUCAGUUUGAAGGGGAUUUGUCACAACUGAGUGAAAGAUCUGUGUCAUCUCCAACAACACAAACACUAUCAUCAUCACCUGCACUGAAAGCUUUCUUUUUCAACAAAGACCAAGAUGGGUCGUCCUUAAAGGCAGCUCUUCUGUGCGGUUCCCCAGGAGUUGGUAAAACCACAACAGCAACACUUGUUUGUGAAGAGCUUGGUUUUACGUUCACUGAAAUGAAUGCCAGUGAUACACGGAGAAAAAGACCUUGGAAGAACACAUUUCUCAGUCACUGAGCAAUAAAACCAUGGAUGGCCUUCUGACAGGUUGUCAAAUUUCUGUAACAUUUGGAAUGACUUUGAUAUUAUUAAAGAUGCUUCAUUCA